AUGUCAUUUCGUCGAAAUAUUGCCGGUAUUCGAUCGGUUAGUGCUGGUCGAUAUCAACAAUCUCGAUUUAAUUCUAAUAAUCCUAAUAUUGAUACACCACGACGAAAAGAAUCAUUACCAAAUGUUUUACCAGAAUUAACAAAAAUUGUUCGAAAAUUAUUACCACAAGAAAUUCCAUUGAAUAUACAUGUACGAAAUGUUGAAUAUAUAGAAAAUGGUUGUGAACGUUUAUGUGGAACUUUAUAUAUGACAGUAUUUCGACUUGUAUUUUCACCAGAUAAUGAAAUAGCAAAUAAUAAUCUUAUUUUCUCUGAAAAUAAAUAUAUUGGUGAAUAUGACAUUCCAUUAACGUCCAUCUGUAAAGUAGAUGUUGCUCCGGUUAAUUCUCGAUCAGGAUUUAAAUCAUUUUUAAAUGAAAAUCAAAUUCAAUCAGAAACAAGAGCAUUUACAAUUAUAACUCGAGAUUUUCGAAAUAUAACAUUCUCAAAAUGUUCAGUUACAAAAUCGAAUUCAAUGAAUAAUAAACAAGACAUAUGUAUAUCAAAAAUGGAAACUUAUAUCGAGGCAUUAAAAGUUCAUUGUCGUUUUCAAAAUAAAGGACAAUUAUAUCCAUAUCUUGCUAUGCAACAAACAUCAAUGAAUAAUCUAUCUCCUAGACUUCAACACAGUUAUCAAAUACCACCAUUAAUAUCUACAUCUAGUGGACGAUCAGGUGAUGAUGAUACUGCUGAUUUUUGUAUAAGUAAUGAUGCACGUAUUAAAGGUUAUAUGACUUACCAAGAUUGGCAUGAUGAAUUGAAAGAUGCUAAUGAAUUACAAUGGAUUGUUGAUUUAACAAAAUUUGAUGAAGGAAAUAUUGUAAACCAAGAAGGUCCAUUUGUUCGUUUAAGAAAUGUCAAUGAAAAUGAUGAUUGUAGUGAUUUAAUUUGGCAUUGGACUCAUACAUCUGAAGCUGAAAUUAAUCGUCAUCAUCAACACAAUACAAGUCCAAUACAAUAUAUGCUUGUUACUAUGCCAGGCAUAGGAGAUAUUUUUACAGUUGGAGAUCCUGUUGAAUUUCCAAUAAGUUUACCGAAAGCAUCAUCACCAUCAUCAUCUCGUUUUUUAAAUCUAUCAAAAAGAUUACCGAAAAAUUUACGUUCAAAUCCUAAUAAUGAUCCACCAAUGGUAUGUACCAAUGAACUUAAAAUAGCAAGUAGUAGAUUAUUGAUGGUACCACCAAAAUCGCCCAAUUUUGGUUUACGUCGUAAUGCAACUGAUACGAAUUUAAUUUAUUCUUCUCAUCAAGUAUAUGAACAAUCAUUUCAACGUUAUAAUCUAUCAAAAUUUCCAUGUAAUUUAAAACGUUUACAAACUAGUUAUGAAAAAUUAAUUGAAAUAUGUGUCAUAACUUCUGACGAUGAUGAUGAUAAUAAAUGGUUGAGUAAAUUAAAUGCAUGUAAAUGGCUUAAAUAUGUUUCAAAAACUUUACAUGGUGCUGCAUCAUUAGCUAAAUUACUUAAUUAUACAAAUAUUGCAUUAGUCGGAAGUGAUAUAGAUAAUAAUUGUUUAAUGUCAUCAUUAAUUCAAAUAUUUCUUCGACCUAAAUGUCGUACAAUCAAAGGUUUUUGUGAAUUAAUUGUUCGUGAAUGGCUUAUUCGUGGUCAUCCAUUUCGUGAACGUUUUGGACAAGUUCUUUUUGAUACAAACGGAAAUAAUGCACAAGAAUCACCAGUUUUUCUUCUCUUUCUUGAUUGUGUUCAUCAAUUAAUUAAUCAAAAUUCAUUUUCAUUUGAAUUUACUGAAUAUUUUUUAAUUGAACUUUAUCAUAGUAUUUGUUAUUGUUAUCAUCAUACAUUUGUUUUUAAUUCAGUUCUUGAACGUCGUUAUGCAAUACAAAAUUGUCCAAGAAAUAUUUUAUUUUUAUCAUCAUUUGAUUUUUCACUUUAUCUUUAUCCACAUACAUAUCAUUUAUUAAUAAAUUAUACAUCUAUAUUUUCUUCACAAAAAUUAUCUCAUUCUCAUCAACAAACAACAAAUCAAACAAAAAGAUAUUUAUCACCAAAACAAAAUACAUCUUUUCGACAACCAACAAAUCGAACGACUUAUCGCUUAGAAUCACCAAAAACAAUUCAUUUUAUACUUGAUAUUUCAUCAUCAACACAUGAAUUAUUACCAAUUAAUGGUGAACAAUAUGAAUAUGAUCUUAUUGAAUCGCCACAAAAAUUUCAUUCAGAUCUUUAUGUUGAUUGGCGUAUAUUUAAUAUAAUUUUAUGGUCAAAUUGUUAUUGUCGAUAUGAUCAAAAUAGGACGUCAAUAUCACGUGAACAACAAUUAUCAUUGGAAAUUAAUUAUCUACAAGAAAGUAUUCAAAAUCCACAUAUACAAUCCCGACGACAGACUACAAUAGAUGCAUUUCAUGCUAUUAAUCAUGCUAAUUCAUGGCAUCCACAUAUGUUGGACACUCGUGUAUAA